AUGGUGUUAGAAAAACUCAGUUCUUUAACAUUUAAGUAUGAUAACAGUCAUAGUAAUCUAAAGAAUCUAUGUAUUCAACAUGUACCAUUCUGGAAUAACCUGAAACAUGAAUCUAUAACUGUGAAAAUUAUGAUCGAUGGAAUAACAAAUCAAGUAUAUAGGUUAAGUUUGACAAUUCCUGACAAUACCUAUGCAAUUAAGUCAGUAUGUGUUAAAAAAACAUCGACAUAUAAUUCGUUAGUAUUUGAUAAUGAUUUACAAUACAAUGUUGCUAAAUUACUAGGAGAUAAUAAUUUUGGUCCUAAGAUAAUAGGGCGGUUUGGCGACUUUACUAUUCAGGAAUGGGUUGAGGGUGAUACACUAACGAAUGAUUCAUUACAAAACCUCUCAGUUUUAACAGGGAUCGCUUCAUCACUUGCCAAGUUCCAUAAAAGAGUUACAGAACUUGUUCCGAAGGAAUGGGAUAGAACCCCUAUGUUCUUAACCAAAAUAUCUGUAUGGUCUCAACAUGUCGAGAGAAUAAUCAAAAAACAUAAUCUGGAUUUUGAUUACACUGAAUUAAAACAUAACUAUGAGUUAUUUAAACGAAUCCUUAGCAAUCACCUAAAUACAUCAAAUUCAAUCUCCAAUUCGGUCUUAUUUUGUCAUAACGACUUAUUUUUUUCUAAUAUACUCGACAUUAACCAAGGGAUAUAUUUAAUUGAUUUUGGAUUUGCAGGGUUCAACUAUGUAGGAUGGGAAAUUGCUAGCUUCUUUAAAAAGAUGUAUUUAAUUUAUGACGACGUUCGUCACACCUACAGUUCCUGUCCAUCUCCUUGUUUAUCUGACGAAAUGAAAACCUUUUUCGUUUCAGUAUAUCUCUCUGAACUUCUUGGCAAGAAUGUUUCACCAUCAGACGAUGCCGUAGGGGAGUUUCUACGGAGUUUAGAAAUACACAUUUUGGGAACUCGUUUGUUUUGGACAUACUGGGGAAUAAUAAUGAAUGAAAAGCCUGUGGAUGAGUUAUCGAAGGCCUAUUCAUUCAUUGCCUACUCCAAAUUUGAAUAUGAUUUACUCAAGAAUGAAUUAUAUAAAUUUAGUUCCAUUCAAUCAUCCUUAUGA